UUUUAUACAGUCAGUGGGAUAAACGUGUUAAAGUGGAAACUUUGGUUUCACCUUUCAUCUCCUGUUAGCCACGAAUGCUAACUGAAGUUAGCUUAGCUUGCUAGCUGGAAAUAGACGGAACUCGGCCACACAGCGCUGGUUGGAGGAACUCUGAGUCCAAACUGUGUUUUUCAUUUGUUUAAAAUGUCUAAAGUCCAGAUGCUGAGAGGUUUUAUCAACCAGCGACUAACUGCGGCUGCUGAAGAGAUAUUUGGGCUGUUUGAAAGAACGAUAUCAGAGUACGAGGAGGAACUCUGUCGUUCCAAAGAGGAGAACCAGAGACACAGGAAACUACUGGACGCUGUUUUCCAGCCUGAAGUCCGGUUACACAGAGCAGACGUCCAGCAGCUGUUGGUGAGUAAAGAAGAGGUUCCCCCUGAGCAGCAGCAGUGGAGCCCCAGGCUGGACCAGGAGGACCCACCAGAGUCGCCACACAUUAAAGAGGAACAGGAGGAGCUCUGGAGCAGUCAGGAGGGAGAGCAGCUUCCAGGACUGGAGGAGGCUGAUAUCACAGAGUUCCCAUUCACUCCUGUCCCUGUAAACAGUGAAGAAAAUGAAGAGAAUCAGGAUUUGAAAACAGAAGCUGAUGGAGAGGACUGUGGAGGACCAGAACCAGCCUGGAACAUUAAUCCAGAUAGUCCUUCACAACCAGAUACUCAUGGCCAGACUUCACUCUCUUCUGAACCUGAGAAUAAUGACAGUUGUGAUUGGGAGGAGAAUUGGGGGGAACAUCUGCAGAAACACAAUGGAUCCCAAACAGUUGUGAAACCAUUUAGUUGCUCAGUGCUGGUGAGUAAAGAAGAAGUUCCCACUGAGCAGCAGCAGUGGAGCCCCAGACUGGACCAGGAGGACCCACCAGAGCCGCCACACAUUAAAGAGGAACAGGAGGAACUUUGGACCAGUCAGGAGGGAGAGCAGCUUCCAGGACUGGAGGAGGCUGAUAUCAUUGCGUUCACAUUCACUCCUGUCCCUGUGAAGAGUGACGAUGAUGAAGAGAAUCCGCAACAGCAUUUGAAAACAGAAACUGAAGGAGAGGACUGUGGAGGACCAGAAUCUGCCAGGAACUUUAAUCCAGAUAGUCCUUUACAACCAGAUACUCAUGACCAGACUUCACUCUGCUCUGAACCUGAGACUGACUACAGUUGUGAUUGGGAGACCAGGGAACCUCAGCCAGGUUUAAACCCUCUGCAAAACAAUGAAACACCUGUAAGUGAUCAGGAAUGUAACACUGGAGAAACAUCAGUUAGCUCCUCUGAAUGUGCUGCAAGAUUUGGCCACAAGGAACAUCUGCUGAACCACAAUGAAACCCAAACAGGAGUGAAACCAUUUAGUUGCUCAGUUUGUGGUAAAAGAUACAGCCGGAAGAAAUCCUUAAAGACUCAUAUGAGACUCCAUUCAGAAGAAAAAGUUUUCAGCUGCUCUGUUUGUAAAAAAACAUUUCCAUUGAGAAUAAAUGUUGUGACUCACAUGAGAGUCCACACAGGGGAGAAACCAUUUAGCUGCUCAGUUUGUGGUAAAAGAUUCACACAAAAGGGAACUCUAAGACAACACUCCAGAGUCCACACAGGGGAGAAACCGUUUAGCUGCUCAGUUUGUGGUAAAAGAUUCGCACAAAAGGGAACUCUGAGCCUGCACUUUAAAGUUCACACAGGGGAGAAACCAUUUAGCUGCUCAGUUUGUGGUAAAAGAUUCACAGAAAAGGGAACUUUGAGACGACACUCUACAGUCCACACAGGGGAGAAACCGUUUAGUUGCUCAGUUUGUGGUAAAAGAUUCACACGAAAGGGAGUUCUGAGACAACACUCUGCAGUCCACACAGGAGAAACCAUUUAGUUCCAGUGUUUGUGGUAAAAGUUUAAGUUUCAUUUAAAGGAUAGGUUCAGAUUUUUCAAGCUGGUCUUCAUAAUAAUAAAAUAAUAGUGUUGCAUUCAUAAGUUUGAUCAGUGUAGACUCUAAAGCUGUCAUAUAAAUGCAGUAUUUUCAUUUUAUUCUACUUAACAAUUGUACUCCGCUAUAAUUCCGAAGAAAAAGUUGUGCAUAUGACAUCUAUAGUUGUACUGGUUACUUUGUAGGUUAAAAUUUUAAAUUAAAGACACACAUGUAUAAAUCCCAGUACAUUGUUAAUGAUUUAAACCGUGGCUCCAAGUCUUUUUGUCUUGUGACCACUUACAAGUUAGCAGUGUCAUGUCCUCGUCAUGUUUCACAUCUUGUUUCAGUUGUUUCUCACGUGGUUUCAACGUGUCACAAAAAAAGCAUAGAUUAGAGAAAUAAAAAAAUGUUAAUACAAAUGUG